GACGACUGAAGUCGUCAUGAAGGCCUCUAGAAUUUGUCCAUGGUGCGGUUGUACGUUGCGGGCAGCGGACAAGGAUGGGUGAUGGGUAUGGCGUUACGAAGAGGUAUAUAGGAGAGCAAGUCCAUGGUAGUGAUUCCAACACAUCUGGUCCUCCCACCCAGUGUUCAUCUCGUACAUUGGAGGUUCACUGCUAGACUCCCUGGGCUUCUUUCGAACUCCUCUCAUCCUCCCUAGCACCCAAGAUGCGCGCCUCCGCUUCCCUCUUAGCCCUCGCGGGUACCCUCGCCCUAGCCCAGACCCCCUCCCGCCCGUACUCGACCUGGCUCGCCUCCUCCUUCGUCGCCCGCAAAGCCCCCAUCGACGCAGGCUACGGCCCAGCCGUCCUCUACGAAGGCAUCGCCCGCGCCGCCGCCGCCGCCAACAACGCGACCCUCCUCCGCGCCGCCGAGACCGCCGUCUCCUCCCUCGUCUCCGACGCCGGUGUCCUCGACGGCUGGGACCCGGAGUGGUACUCCCUCGACGACAUCCGCAUCGGCAAUAACCUCCUCUGGUUCUACCAACGCAACACCACGGCGGGAGCGAAGUACAAGAUCGCGGCAGAUGGGCUGCGGCAGCAGCUGAACCGGUGGCCAAGGACGCCUAGCGGUGGGUUCUGGCACCGCGCGCCGAUCUACGAGGAUCAGAUGUGGUUGGAUGGGAUUUACAUGGCCGAUUCGUUUUACGCGACGUAUUUUGAUCUGAUUGAGGAGCAUACCCGGAACCACACGACAAACUUGCUCGUGCACGGGUACGACGAGGCAAAGGACGCCGUUUGGGCGGAUCCCGUGACGGGAGCGAGCCCGUUGGUGUGGAACCGUGCCGUCGGCUGGUACUUCAUGGCGCUCAUUGAUACGCUGCAGGUCUAUCCCAAGAACCUUCCGGGAUACGCGCGGCUGCAGAAGUACUUUACGCGCAAGGGCAACUAUCUCGAGUCGAGCGCCGCGGCCAUGUUUGCGUACGGACUGCUGCGUGGUGUUCGGGAUGGGUUCCUCGAGACCAAGUACAAGGAUGUCGGGCUCAAGGCGUACAAGGCGCUUGUGAGGGACUUUAUUCGGGAUGACAAGAAUGGGCUUGUCAGCUUCACGGGGACUGUUCAGGUUGGGAGUCUGAACUCGAACGCGAGUUUCGAGUAUUACACCAGCAUCCCUAUCGUCGAGAACGAUCACCGUGGUAGCGGGUCUUUCAUGUUUGCCGCUAUUGAAGCCGAGUUGGCGAAGUAG